GCAAUUUGAGUCUACUCUGUUCACCGCAGUAACGCAAAUUUUAGGGUUUAGAAGAAUACGUACAUCAGCAUACCAUCCACCAGCCAAUGGUUUAGUCGAACGAUUCCACCGAUCACUUAAAACGACAAUAAAGUGUUACGAGACUGAGCACUGGACAGAUGUACUCCCCCCAGUUCUUAUGGGCCUUAGAUCAGUGAUUAAAGAAGAUCUAGGUUUAACACCUGCAGAAAUUGUAUUUGGAAGUACGAUUAGAUUACCUAAUGAGUUUUUUAUGCAGUCAUCAGUGGCGACAGACCCUUGUUCCUUUGCUGAAACACUAAAGAAAACAAUGGAAACCAUACGCCCAGUGUCAACUUCAAACCACGGAAGUAAAAAAGUUUUUAUAUAUAAAGAUCUAGCAUCCUGUUCACACGUUUUCGUUCGGGUCGACCGGGUCAAGAAACCGCUAGAACAACCAUAUGAAGGGCCGUACAAAAUUGUUCAACGAUACGAAAAAACCUUUAAAUUAUUAAUUAGGCAAAAAGAAUGUAUCAUAUCAAUAGACAGACUGAAGCCAUGUUUCGACGAAAAUGAAGAUAAUAACACAAAUCUACCAAUAACAACGAACCAGCACAACCAGAAAAUACAACUACAAGACCAACAAUAAUACAAACAAAACAAACCAAGUCAGGAAGAACCAUCC